UUCGUAAUGUCACCAACACUAUGAAGUUAAAAAUUCAGAACAUCAGUCGUAUGGAAUAGUGACAGUACAAGCAGGAAUAAAAUCUGUUUGGAAUGCUUGAUUUUCCAUUUACGGUGAGAAAUGGCUGCAGUAGAUUUGCCAAAUUUGACAGAACGACUCCUCGUAUCCGUUGUAGUAUUAUUCUCUAGAGCUAUGUGUAAUACAGACACACACAAUCUGGUGGCAACACAAACGGCGACACAUUUGUAUUCACCGUCCUAUGGAUCUUACCCCAAUAACAUGGAUUGUUCAUGGAAGAUCUCCGCGGCAUUGCACGAGAGUAAUGUACAAAUUGAAAUCGAGCAAAUGUCUUUACAAACAGACAAUGGUGACUGUGUCGACUACCUACAAAUAUUUGAUGGAGAAACCAUUGACAGCAAGUUACUCGGGAGAGUGUGCAAGUCGACAGAAACCUACGUUAGCAGUGGUAGUAACAUAUAUCUCCAUUUUUACACAGACUCAUCGAAGACAGACAUUGGAUUUAAAAUUAAAUAUUACCAACACGAAUAUAAAGAUGAAAGCUGGAAAAAGGUGUUGACAAUAGUACUUGUUGUUACUUUUGUUGCCGGAAUGUUAAGUUGUUGGUACAAAAGAUUCCACAAACGUCUCCGAAAUCAACGCCAGUCCGUCGUGGAUCCGGAUGGUGAGUCUUCCGGACGUUCGGGCUCCGUUCGGAGCCAGUCCUGUGUAUGGGCAACAAGUAACGGGGAAACACAAACGGAAAAUGAGUUUAAUAGUUCGGAAAAUAUUCAACAACCAGAACCGGUGAAACCUCCGUCUUAUUCAGAAUUCGAUACCAAUCCUGGAAAAUUACCAUCGUAUGAGGAAAUAAUUAACGACAGAGAACAUCUGUGUGAGUUGUCUCCCCCUCCGCUAUAUUCUGAAGGCAGCCAGACCGGUAGACUUUUCGGACAGUCCAAUAUGUAUUCGUACACAUAUUCUGUGUCAUCAAGUUCAACAUCGUCAUUAUCAUCUGUUUCAACAGUGUCGAUUGAAUCAUCUUCAUCGUUUAUAAAUCAGUCGGAACAAUCACCAGAGUCCCAUUUACCUACGUAUGAAGCAGUUAUGGGUAACCGUUCAGCAUGAAGUUACUGUAAAUGGUUGGAUUUUGGUGGAUUUUUAUUUUCGCAUAGAAUAUGGGUUCCUAUGGACUUGUUCGCCAAAAUUACAUCCGCAAAGAACAUUCAAGGCAGGCACGGAUUAGAUAUGUGAGAAGAUAGAAGCUGCUUUAUUGAAAUAGUUUUAAUAACGAUAAGUUGUGUUUGUGGUCACAACCGGUACACAUGUGAUGUAGUGUCACAAUGUAACCAAGGACAACAAUGCUAACUCACAUAUCCUUCCGUUUCUGGUUGUCCAAAACACAAUGGUUCUCAGGAAUACCAAACAAUAUGUAAAAGAGUGAUCUGACCGCCAACUAUUUCAUUAUCCUUACAAAUCUUAUGUAAUGUUGAACUUAUAUGUUCUUUUUCAUCUUUCGUUUAAUUACCCACUCCAUUGACACGUAUUGACAAAAUAUGACUACGUUUUUCCUGACCAGUCGUAAAGACUAAUUGGCUCAUAUAUAUCAACGGUCAGAUGAUAUGAUAUAUAUAUCAAAUUUGAGUGAAAUCCACCUAGUACUUUCAGCGAAAUAGCGAUAAUAAUCUUCAAAUGUCCAAAUCAGAAUUACUAACCUUUGUCAAUUUGAUUAAUUGAUCAGUCUCAGAAUCGAACCUGCACAAAAACCAUACAAUACUUCCUGAGAAAUAACGAUAAGAAAAAUCACUUGUCAAAUCAAAGAGGAUUAAAUAAUUCGGCCAAUGUGAUAUUCUAUUCAAAUUCAAUAACCAAAAUAUAGAAUCGAAAAAAUAGCGAGAGUAAAUUUCACACAGUAAAGACCCAAGAUGGCGUCCUGACAGCCAAUUUGUCUACUUUCGCAGUCUUUAAACAAUAGUUAAAGAGGAAACUACGAAGGAAAUCACAAAUCCAUCCAGUUACAUUGUAUAGAGAUAGCGACAACAAAAAUGUUUAAGGACAGUCAGACGGACGGACGGACGACAUGCGACGGCCACGGGCAAACAGCCAACCAAAGGUUUGCUGACCGGUGAGGUUGAAGUGUAUCUCAAAAUGAGGAUUAACAUAUGUGAUGACUAAGAAUAUACUGAGAUAUUUUAUCUCGUCUGUACGUUAUUUCGUCUCGUUUGUACAACAUUCCAUCUCGUUUGUACGACAUUUCGUCUCGCUUUAUGACAUUCUGUCUAUACGACAUUUCGUCUCGUUUUAUGACGUUCUCUCUUGUCUAUACGACAUUUCGUCUCGUUUUUUAUGACAUUCUCUCUUGUCUGUACGACAUUUCGUCUCGUUUUUUAUGACACUCUCUCUUGUCUGUACGACAUUUCGUCUCGUCUUUUAUGACGUUCUCUCUUGUCUGUACGACAUUUCGUCUCGUUUUUAUGACAUUCUCUCAUGUCUGUACGACAUUUCGUCUCGUUUUUUAUUACAUUCUCUCAUGUCUGUACGACAUUUCGUCUCGUCUUUUAUGACGUUCUCUCUUGUCUGUACGACAUUUCGUCUCGUUUUUAUGACAUUCUCUCAUGUCUGUACGACAUUUCGUCUUGUUUUUUAUGACAUUCUCUCAUGUCUGUACGACAUUUCGUCUCGUUUUUUAUGACAUUCUCUCUUGUCUGUGCGUCAUUUCGUCUCACUUGUACGAUAUUUCAUCUUAUUUAUACGGUUUUUCAUCUAUUUUACACGACAUUUUAUCUUGUUUGUACGACAUCUUACCUCAUCCGGUAGAAUUACAUGUAUCAAAUGGCCCAAAACAGCUCCUAAAAUGUUUGUACCAGCACUCCACAGUAAUCUUAGAAAUGUUUCUUUUUUACGUAGUGUUUAUCUUUGCAUUUUGUAGGUCACUUUUUAUAGUAAAGAUUGGUUCAAAAUAAAAUAUUUAUGCGAGAACAAAUUUAUUAGAUGUCAGUCAGAGAUAAGUUCCAUUUUACAUGUACAUGUUUACAAAUGUACCAAUAAACGUAUUCUUCCAUUGA